UACUUCCCGUAAACUUACGUCACACAUAACAAGUAUGGCGGCGCCCUCUGAGCUGCUGCUACUGUCUGGUGCGUUGGGAGAGAAGCGUUGAAACGAUUUUUGAACAUUUAUUAACUAAGCUCUCUGGUGAAAUAAGUGUGGGAUAAUUAAACCGUUUAUGCUCGUGAAAGAUGGGUUUAGCGCGGUUGCUUUGCGGGGCCCUGGAGUAUUACUCCAAACAAGUUCGACUCGUCAAUAUUCAGCAGAUAUUCGUUCGCAGAAGCAGUCGCGGUGUAGCUCACAGACAGCCGGCUGCCGGCUUCUGCUCCUCCGCGCAGCCCUUUAGAGACGUCGCCCUGUUCGAGCACGACAGGACCCGCUUCUUCCGGCUCCUCUCGGUCUUCUGCGGCGGACAGUUUCUCUUCUGGACGUACCUGGGCCACUUCGCUUACACUGGGCUCAGAGACACAGGGGGCGCUACUGAGAAAGCGAAAACCAGGACGUCCACCACCACCACCACCGGACUCGCCGGGAUGUGGAGUGUCGAGAUGAACCUGGGGUCAAGCGCCUGGAGGUACGGCUUCACGCUGGGAUGCCUGAGCAUAGGAGCGGGGAUCGUCGGGCUCGGGCUCCUGUUCUGCAGGCGCUCCGUCAGCCGGGUGGUUUUACAUCAAGGCGGGAGGAUGGUGACGGUCUCCACGCAGUCGCUUUUGGGACCAGACCGGGGCCGGAGAAUAACAGUGCCUCUGUCCCAGGUGGCCUGUCACGCUCACAGACACGAGUCCCCCUCGUUCAUCCCGCUCAGGGUCAAAGGACACAAGUUCUACUUUCUUCUGGACAAAGAGGGGACUGUGAACAACGCGAGGCUGUUUGACAUCACUGUUGGUGCUUACCGGCCCGUUUAGGUUCUUGUUACUGUGACACUGUUGUGAAAACUGUAUCGGACACCAAUGGAACACUGGUUGUGUUAUUUACAUGGCUGCCAAACAAAUACGUCAGAUUCUGUUUCAUUAUCUCUUCAAUUAAAUAAAAUCUAAGAGAUCAAACAUCCUCCCGGAUCCAUCUUUUCAUAUAUGUUCACAAUAUAUGUUUAGUUUCUUUCAUAUGUAUUGUCUCCAUUAUGUUGGUUAUUCUGUAGACACAUUUGUGGCACAUCUGUUCAUCCUGGGAGAGGGACACCUCCUCAGUUCCUCUUCCUGAGGUUUCUUCCAUUUAUUUCCACCGUUAAGAGUUUUUCCUUAUUUGCAGCAAGGAUCCAAAGACAGAGGAUGUCGUAUGCUACACAGAUUCUAAAGCCUCAUGAGGCAAACUUGUGAUAUAAAUAAAAUUGACUAUUUCAUAUUUAAAAUCACUUAGAAUUAACAAUAAGUAAUUUGAAAUCACUCAUGCAACAGAUAACAGUUUGAAUAAAUAUGCUGUGGAAUUAAAAUGAAAAAUGUCUUUGCGUUUUCUGACUGUUUGUCUACUCGUGUGCGUAUACAUACGGUGAUCUGCUCCAUGAGAACAGCAUUGGUGGCCUCAGUUUCAUGCAGGAGGCUGUUCAUGUGCUCCAUACUGCGCGUGGCUGUGAUCAGCUUUACACUGAGCUCUUGUUUGGUAGGCUCCACCGUCCAC